GCGCCUGUGGAUUGAUAAGAAUUUGAUAAUAAAUUGUAAUAUUAAUCAUUCUGGUCAUUUCAAAACAAACCAUUUGGUAAAAGAUAAUUGUGUGUUGUUAAUACGUUUGGUAUGGAAACUCAAAAUUAUUUUAUUAAAGAUGCCGACGAAGGUCUUAUCACAGUUGAUGUUUCGAAAGACGUCGUAGAGGAUUCUAUGACAACAAUGAACCAAAGUGAAAUUCCACCAGAUUUAAUACAAUCAGUAAAUGAUGGCACUGAAGAUGAUGCAACGAAAUUAACUCUUGCUUAUGAAAAUUUAUAUGAACUACCAAGAACUAUAGUGGAGAGAUUUUCGGAUCACAUUAUUUAUUUGGAUAUCAGUCAUAACAAAAUUACAAAUUUAGAUGCACUUGUUCAUUUCAAGCACCUGACGUCUCUCAUAGCUGACGAUAACCCCAUCACCGAAAAUUGUCUUCUGCCUCCCAUGCCAAAGCUGCAAUUGCUAUGGUUGAACAGAUGUAAGAUAUCGUCUUUAUAUCCGUGGGUGGGUAAACUUAAGGAGUCUUGUCCAAAUUUGCAGUAUCUGUCCCUUAUGGGUAACCCGGCAGCGCCUAGUUAUUUUAAUGGUGGAACGUUCUAUGAGUACUUACAGUACAGGCUUUUCGUCGUAUCCCAGUUUCCCUCCCUUACCCACCUGGAUGACAGGAAAGUGACAGAUGACCAGCGUUCAGAGGCCCACAGAUUAUAUAAGAGGCCAUUACUGGAAAGGAUCAUCAAACCUGGUUCGGGCGGUCUAUCCCAACUGAUGAGCAGUUCCAUAACUUGGAAUUCAGUUCAUAAUAAGCUAUCAUCAUUGUGGGGUAAAGACAGAAAUCAAGGAAGGAAUUUACUUAUAUAAGUGAAAAUAAUAUAUGGUUCUGUUUAAGCCGUAAUAUGCCAACGAAUUUGAGAAGAUUACGGUCAUUGAAUAAUUGAUUAUCCUAGCAUAGUAAUGUUCAAUCAAUAAUAAACUAGCUAUUGGCUAUUCCCAUAUGGAUAUAUCGUAAAUUUAUUGAAAUUUUAUUUGGUAUCCGUAGUUAUAUUUAAAUAAAAUCUUUUUGCGAGCAUCUGAUGACUAUUGCAACGUCUUUCAUAUAACCUGUUAUAUAAUUUUGGACUAUUCCAAGUAAGUAAUUUAAUAAUGACUUAACAUAUUUUCUAACUUUGCUAAAAAAUUUCGUCUUGUUGGAAUGAAAACUUUAAGGGUUAGAAUGGAUUUUUAAGGACUUGUUAGUGUUCCUUUAAGACGAACAUUAUUAACAUUACUUACAAGUCACAAUCAAUUGCCCGCAUGUGUUCGAGCACUGUCUCUGUUUCGCUCUGGCUCUGUCUCUGCUUCUCUCUCGCUCUAGCUCUUUUUAUCCCCCCCCCCCCCAGGAGCGUAAAACGUUUAACGCAACCUUGUUGGAAGUAGCAUAAGAAGUUUCACUUCAAGAAAAUUGUUGAUAUAUUAACGACACUAUUUGUUAUAAGUCUAUGCUAAAGAUGAUUGAAAUGUUGCCAUAUAAAAGCCCUUUUAAUUAAACGUAUCCGCUAAUGCAAAAUAUCUAUAUAUAUAGUUUUAAGACAUUCGAAUUUAUUUUUAAUAUUACAAACGCAUUUCGGUUGUGUGAUUCGCCAAAUAAUUGUGCCUUUUUGUAUGUAUUUAAAAAAAAAUAUAUUUUCCAUUAAGGAUCUGUCUUUACAGCUGUUUAUCGUUUGAACUUAAAAAAUGUAUGUCAGUCGACUUUUUGUCUUCUACGCUUAAUUUAUUUAGUAUCAUUUAAGGUCAAUUAAGGUCAAUCUGUUUGUACAUUUUUUUAUUAAUAAAUUACUUUAUCACG